AUGCAGCAGCUGGAGCCCACCGAUCCGCCGCAGCCGCCGGGGCAGCCCUUCCCGCCGCCGCCGCUGCUCGCCGCGCGCGGGGCGCACCACCGCCGGGCCAGAUCUGAGGUCGCCUUCCGCCUCCCGGACGACCUCGGCGGCGGGGGGGACGGCGACGGGUUCGACGAGAUCGGCUCCGAGGACGACCUCUUCUCCACCUUCAUGGACAUCGAGAAGAUCUCCUCCUCCGGGCCCGCCGCGGGCUCCGACCGCGACCGCGCCGCAGAGACCUCCUCGCCGCCGCGCCCCAAGCACCGCCACAGCAGCUCCGUCGACGGCUCCGGCCUCUUCUUCUCCCCCGGCAUCGGCGGCGCGGGGAAGGACGCCGCGGCGUCGCUGGCCGAGGCCAUGGAGGCCAAGAAGGCCAUGAGCCCCGAGCAGCUCGAGGAGCUCGCCGCCAUCGACCCCAAGCGCGCCAAGAGAAUUCUAGCUAACAGACAAUCAGCGGCUAGAUCAAAAGAAAGAAAGGCUCGUUAUAUAACAGAACUUGAGCGGAAGGUUCAAACUCUUCAGACUGAAGCAACCACUCUCUCGGCACAACUCACACUAUUUCAGAGAGACACAACUGGACUUUCUGCAGAAAACGUAGAGCUCAAGAUAAGGUUGCAGGCCAUGGAGCAACAGGCUCAACUGCGUGAUGCUCUGAAUGAUGCACUGAAGCAGGAGAUGGAGAGGCUUAAGCUUGCUACUGGUGAGAUGACAAAUUUCAGCGAGACAUAUAACAUGAGAUUUCAACAUGUCCCGUACAACUCUUCAUUCUUCCCGUGUUCCCAGCAAAAUACAGCCCAGAACCUGGGUGGCGCCCAGUUGCCACCGCCAUUCCACCCACCUCAUCCUAAUGUGCCAAACCACCAGAUGCUAUCCCACCCAAACACUCUCCCAGACAUAAUGCAGCAAGACCCUCUUGGACGGCUGCAGGGUUUGGACAUUGGAAAGGGGCCUCUAGUCGUGAAGUCAGAGAGCAGCUCGAUCUCUGCCAGUGAAAGCAACAGCACCUUCUAACGAGGCCUAUCCAUUGAGUCCGCAGUUUCAUUAGAUUCCUUUGUUCAUAGCCUGACAUCCUUGCGCUGCUCCCUGUUCUGCAAGCUUAUUUGUUAUUCAAUUCAUUUUAUUUUCGCACUGGCUGACAUGAUCCCGGAACUCAUCACGACUGUUUGUUUUGGGUUUCAUUUCCUGUGUGCCAUGUUUGGGAUUAUCAGGGCAUUUGGAGUGGAAUUCUCAGAUAAUACUGUGUUGUUUUUAGCCAUGUGGACUUGUGCUUCAUGGAUUCUCUCAUUUGGAACAUACAUGUAUUUCUCUGCAGUUUGUUUAGCUCUGUACUUUUUGAGCUGCCAAGCUAGUUUGAUCAAUGUAUACUCUGAUUGAGUGAAAUGGUGUCGCUUUAAGGUAUUUCAAGCAUCCGUCAGAGUUCA